CGCUUCUCAGUAAACCUUCAGCGGUCGUCGGUCGUAGUUGUUGCGCGUUGUGUGUGCCAACUUCGAGACCUCGUUUCAUCGUUCCUAUUAACGAGUAACAUUAGACCACUUUUCUCUUCGAUACGAUGUUCUCCUCUGCAAAUUAUCGAAAAGAGAUUAAUCUCAAAAUGCACGCAGUUGUGCAUUCAUACAUUUCGGAGCUGAAAACGCGAUAUGCUAAUGGCGAAGCGUAAUCUUCGCAACACAAGAUUUUAACGAUCUAGUGCCGUCAAUCGUCUAGAAAAAUAUGUAAAAAGUAUUUUUGUAAAUAGUGUUGUACAUGUACGUGUGUUGGAAAAAAAGUAUCCACGAAUAUACACGCUGUGUACCCACAAAUAUUGGACUGUAUUAAUAGAUUUGCAGAAAAGUCGCGAAAAAAUUUGCAAACUGCAAGUUUCACAUCACCAGUGCGCCUGAUACUAACCAGAUAAGAUAAAAAGUUAAACGUGACAUUUGCGAGCAGUGGAACUCAUUAUCGGCAACCUCGUCCAUCGGCAAGUGAAAUUCCUCGGUUGUGUAAGGAAGUAGGUCGCAAACACACGUUAAUAUGAAACAAGAACGAAGCCCGUGAGACAUUCUUUCGAAAGUUUUUGAUGUGUAGAUUCGAUGAGAUCAAAGUUCAAGGCGAUUAUUAUUAAUUAUAAUCAACUUAAAGUAAUCAGUACUAAAGUGUACGUACAAUGUGCAUAAAGUACGACUAGAAUUGCAAAUAGUUACCUUGAAUAUAUUAUUUGCAUGUUCAUACAAGAAGCGAGGUAAAGACGAUAUCACUGCGAAUGUUGUCGAGAAUUAUGUUACGAUUGAUUACUCAGGUUCGUUUUCCUCCUCGCCGUGCGUACGAUCCGUCGCGAAAGAUGGUCCUCAAAUGUCAAGAACAAUUAUUAUUGCGAAAAAAAGAAAGCGCAUAAUUUACCGUGCAUUCGAAAGUGAUGCGGCGAAAGAAUGUGAGAACGCAGCAACUGAUCGUUAUUUGAAAUCAAUACGUUCGAAGCUAAUCGCGGCGUUCAUACGUACGAACCGUUUGAAAGAAGUGACUAAUGUUGGCUUUUGCGCAAGGAUAUUUAUAAGAAACGAAAACAAUAAUGCAAAAGCGCACUUGGCUGCACUUGGAGCACACGAUCAUGUCGAAAUAAAAUCGGACGAUCUCAAUUGUCGACGCAAGAAGUAGGACACGCGUGGCAAAAUUAAAGGAGAUGUUUCUCGGAUGAUGGAAAUGGUGAAGGAAAAACCGCGCAGACGAAGCGUGAGCGAACUGCUCAAUUGGAGAUGCCUAGCUGAAUGCAAAGGCACCUUCGCCGGGGACGAAAACGAUAACGCAGGAGGACUCUUGCUGGAGGAUUAUGACAGAGAACCAGAGACACGCAGACGAAGACGAUCCGGUACUUGGCCAAGAACGCGGAGUCUGAACGCACCCAGUCCCGUUCAACAAUUCGGGCGAUGUGGUCGUAUCAUGAAAAAUCCUGCGAUGGUUAUGACCAUUCAGGACCCGGCCUCUCAGAGGUUGACGUGGCACAAGCCACCACUCUCUGUUCUGGUCAUUAAAAAGGUCCGUGACUCUUCAGUCCUACGACCGUUUGUUCAAUUGGUUACAUGGUUGAUAGAGGAAAAACGGAUGGUUGUCUUUGUGGAAGCUUCUGUUCUAGAGGAUCCAGCUUUAACCAGAGAUCCUAGGUUUCAAAGUGUACGAGAUAGAUUACAAACCUUUAGAGACGGCACAGAUGACUUGCAGGAUAAAAUUGAUUUUAUUGUCUGCUUGGGAGGCGACGGUACUCUUCUUUAUGCCAGUCUAUUGUUCCAACAGUCAGUGCCGCCUGUAAUGGCAUUUCAUCUUGGUUCCUUAGGAUUUCUCACACCCUUCGAAUUUGAUAAUUUUCAAGAACAAGUGACCAAUGUUCUCGAAGGUAAUGCAGCUUUAACUUUAAGGAGUCGUCUGAGAUGCAUCAUUAUACGCAAGAAUGAAGACAGUCAACCGACUGAACCGCCGACGAAUCUCUUGGUCUUGAAUGAAGUCGUAGUGGAUCGAGGGGCCUCGUCUUACCUUUCAAAUAUCGACUUAUUUAUUGAUGGCAAGCAUGUAACAAGCGUCCAAGGCGAUGGCUUGAUCGUGAGCACACCAACCGGGUCGACUGCCUAUGCAGUUGCUGCUGGAGCUAGCAUGAUUCAUCCUUCAGUUCCUGCCAUUAUGAUAACACCGAUCUGCCCUCAUUCUUUGUCCUUUAGGCCGAUUGUUGUACCUGCAGGAGUCGAACUCAAGAUCUCAGUUUCACCUGACAGCAGAAACACGUCAUGGGUAUCCUUUGACGGUAGAAAUAGGCAAGAGCUCUUCCACGGUGACAGUUUGAAGGUAACCACUUCCGUAUACCCGUUGCCUAGCAUUUGCGCAGCCGAUCAAAUGACCGACUGGUUCGAUUCCCUAGCCGAAUGCCUUCACUGGAACGUCAGAAAACGGCAGAAGCAUUUGGAUGAGUUAAGUGACCUCGCACAUUCAUCCAGCAACGAUACUUUGGACUCCUACGAUCGAGAUAGUUAGGUCAAGGAGGAUACUCAUAUAUAGACUGUAUAAUAUAAUCGACAAUAUGGCCAAAUAUAACUCGGCUGAGAAAUUGAGUAAUUCAAAUCGAUUACUCGACAUUUCUAAAUAAUCUCGCCUUUAUUGAUGAAAACUUUUCUAACGAAAAUUUGUUAAGUACAAUAGAGAAAACCGGUAAAAAAAACUGAUUGGAUGUCAGUAAAGUUGCGUUUUACGUCGUCUUCUAAAAAGUAUUUAUGUAUUAAGUCUAGAGUUGAAAAGAUGGAUAUUACAUAAUUUAGAUUACAAAAAUGAUUCUAUCACGAUUGUGUAAAAAAAUUGGAAUUCCUAAUAAUAAAAUGCAUUUGUCUUCGCAGAGAAUAUGUUAUGCGAAAUAUUAUUGAAUUCGGUUAAUUCUUGUCAUGAAGAAAUGACAUACUAUUAAUAAUCCGAAUGCGCGCAUAUACAUAUUUAUUGAUAACUGCGUUUUGGUCUGUUAAAUGACCCAUCAAUUUAAUCAAAUACGUAAGAAGUUUUUGUACUUUAUCGAUAUCACAUUACUUGUACAGAUAUUUCUAUUUUCUAGUAUUCUAUAAGUUCGUAUGGUUAAAAUGCAAAAUAACCAUAUAUUCUUGCUUUUUAUCAAUGAUAACCGCAAUCGAUUCGAUGUAAAUCGAUUUGUGAAUGUUGAAUUUUCCUAUAAAACACCUUUUAAUAAAAUAUGUUUUAUAUUGUAUAA